UGUCACCUGCGAGUUGGUAACCUACGAGCUGCUGUGGAGGAAACUGUUUAACCGGAUCCCAUUGUACCCGGAGCGCAGAGCCGCCUUUCCAGCAUGCUGGGACUGCUCAGAGUGGUGACUCUUCCUGACUGAUAAAGAAGACCACAUGCAUUUCUGUCAUUAAAGAUAGAACUUCAGGAGCAUGUACUGGAGAACAUUGUUGGAAAUCAACUUUAAAGUUGCUGCAGCCAGACAUUCAGUGGCCAAAGCUUAGUCAAAUCAGGCAACAGAACAGAAUUCAGCCAUGGCACCAAGGAAGAGAGGUGGACGGGGGAUUUCAUUUAUCUUUUGCUGUUUCCGGAAUAAUGACCACCCAGAAAUCACAUAUCGGCUCCGAAAUGAUAGCAACUUUGCACUUCAGACAAUGGAGCCAGCGCUGCCCAUGCCCCCUGUGGAGGAGCUGGACGUCAUGUUCAGUGAGCUUGUGGAUGAACUUGACCUUACAGACAAACACAGGGAAGCCAUGUUUGCACUUCCAGCUGAGAAAAAGUGGCAGAUAUACUGUAGCAAAAAAAAGGACCAGGAAGAAAACAAGGGAGCUACAAGUUGGCCUGAAUUCUACAUUGAUCAGCUCAACUCCAUGGCUGCUAGAAAAUCUCUGCUGGCUUUAGAAAAAGAAGAAGAAGAAGAGAGAAGUAAAACUAUAGAGAGUUUAAAGACAGCACUGAGGACAAAACCAAUGAGGUUUGUCACCAGAUUCAUUGACUUGGAUGGCCUGUCAUGUAUUCUCAACUUUCUGAAGACCAUGGACUAUGAGACCUCCGAGUCUCGAAUACAUACCUCUCUCAUUGGAUGUAUAAAGGCACUAAUGAAUAACUCUCAAGGCCGGGCUCACGUCCUGGCUCAUUCUGAGAGUAUUAAUGUAAUUGCUCAGAGUCUGAGCACUGAGAACAUUAAAACAAAAGUGGCCGUGCUGGAAAUCUUGGGCGCCGUGUGCCUGGUUCCCGGGGGCCACAAGAAGGUUCUACAGGCCAUGCUGCACUACCAGAAGUACGCCAGUGAAAGGACACGCUUCCAGAUGUUAAUUAAUGACUUAGAUAAAAGCACUGGGCGGUAUCGAGAUGAAGUGAGUCUGAAGACUGCCAUCAUGUCCUUCAUUAACGCAGUACUAAGCCAAGGCGCAGGAGUGGAGAGUUUGGACUUCAGACUUCAUCUUCGCUAUGAAUUUCUAAUGUUAGGAAUUCAGCCCGUAAUAGAUAAAUUAAGGGAGCAUGAGAAUUCGACAUUAGAUAGGCAUUUAGAUUUUUUUGAAAUGCUCCGAAAUGAGGAUGAACUAGAAUUUGCCAAAAGAUUUGAACUGGUCCACAUAGACACAAAAAGUGCAACGCAGAUGUUCGAGCUAACCAGGAAGAGGCUGACACACAGUGAAGCCUACCCCCACUUCAUGUCCAUCCUGCACCACUGCCUCCAAAUGCCUUACAAGAGGAGCGGCAACACUGUUCAGUACUGGCUGCUACUAGACAGAAUUAUACAGCAAAUAGUUAUCCAGAAUGACAAAGGACAGGACCCCGACUCCACGCCUUUGGAAAACUUUAAUAUUAAAAAUGUGGUACGAAUGUUGGUCAAUGAAAAUGAAGUUAAGCAGUGGAAAGAACAAGCAGAAAAAAUGAGAAAAGAGCACAAUGAAUUACAACAGAAACUGGAAAAGAAAGAGAGAGAAUGUGAUGCCAAGACCCAAGAGAAGGAAGAAAUGAUGCAGACCCUAAAUAAAAUGAAAGAGAAACUCGAGAAAGAGACAACUGAACACAAGCAGGUCAAACAGCAGGUGGCGGACCUCACGGCCCAGCUCCAUGAGCUCAGCAGGAGGGCUGUCUGUGCUUCAGUCCCAGGAGGACCCUCACCUGGAGCCCCAGGAGGACCCUUUCCUUCCUCCAUGCCGGGUUCCCUUCUUCCCCCACUGCCCCCGACUCUGCCAGGUGGAGUCCCCCCUCCACCGCCACCUCCGCUCCCUCCUGGAGGCCCUCCGCCCCCUCCAGGGCCUCCUCCCUUAGGGAUCAUGCCACCUCCAGGGGCUCCAGUGGGACUGGCUCUCAAGAAGAAAAGCAUUCCUCAGCCCACAAAUGCCCUCAAAUCCUUCAACUGGUCUAAGCUGCCGGAGAACAAACUGGACAGAACAGUGUGGACUGACAUUGAUGAUACCAAAGUCUUCAAAGUUCUAGAUCUCGAAGAUCUGGAAAGGACUUUCUCUGCCUAUCAAAGACAGCAGAAAGAAGCAGAUGCCAUUGAUGACACACUGAGUUCCAAGCUGAAAGUCAAAGAGCUCUCAGUGAUUGAUGGCCGGAGAGCCCAGAAUUGCAACAUCCUUCUGUCGAGGUUGAAAUUAUCCAAUGAUGAGAUCAAACGGGCAAUUCUAACGAUGGAUGAGCAGGAAGAUCUCCCCAAGGACAUGUUGGAACAGCUUUUGAAGUUCGUUCCUGAAAAAAGUGAUAUAGACCUGCUGGAGGAACACAAACACGAAUUGGACCGGAUGGCCAAGGCUGAUAGGUUCCUUUUCGAGAUGAGCCGAAUUAAUCAUUAUCAGCAAAGGCUACAGUCACUGUACUUCAAAAAGAAGUUUGCAGAGCGUGUGGCGGAAGUGAAGCCCAAAGUGGAAGCUAUUCGCUCUGGCUCAGAAGAGGUGUUUAAGAGUGGUGCCCUCAAGCAGUUGCUGGAGGUGGUCUUGGCAUUCGGAAAUUACAUGAAUAAAGGCCAGAGAGGCAAUGCCUAUGGAUUCAAGAUAUCCAGCCUCAACAAGAUUGCUGACACAAAAUCCAGUAUUGACAAGAAUAUCACCCUUUUGCACUAUCUCAUAACUAUCAUGGAAAGUAAAUACCCAAAGGUCCUCAGCCUAAACGAAGAACUGCGGGAUAUUCCGCAAGCAGCAAAAGUAAACAUGACUGAGCUGGACAAAGAAAUAAACACCUUGAGAAGCGGCCUGAAGGCAGUCGAGACAGAGCUGGAAUAUCAGAAGUCUCAGCCCCCACAGCCUGGAGAUAAGUUUGUGUCUGUGGUCAGCCAGUUCAUCACUGUGGCCAGCUUCAGUUUCUCCGACGUUGAGGAUCUGCUGGCAGAAGCUAAAGACCUGUUUACUAAAGCAGUAAAGCACUUUGGGGAAGAGGCUGGCAAAAUCCAGCCAGAUGAGUUCUUUGGCAUUUUUGACCAGUUUCUCCAAGCUGUGUCAGAAGCCAAACAAGAGAACGAGAACAUGAGAAAGAAGAAGGAGGAGGAGGAACGCCGAGCGCGCAUGGAGGCCCAGCUCAAAGAACAGCGGGAAAGAGAACGGAAAAUGAGGAAAGCAAAAGAGAACAGUGAAGAAAGCGGAGAGUUUGAUGACCUCGUCUCGGCUCUACGCUCAGGAGAAGUGUUUGACAAAGACCUUUCUAAACUGAAACGGAAUCGCAAACGUAUCUCCAAUCAGGUGACAGAUGGCAGCCGAGAGAGACCUGUCACAAAACUUAAUUUUUAAUUUCUUUUCAGUACUUUUCUAGAAAGCCCAGUAGCAGCCCUUUGAAGUGACUCGACCGUUCUGUUACACUGCUGUGGCAGUUCUCCGUGUGUGUGUGUGUGUGUGUGUGUGUGUGUGUGUGAGAGAGAGAGAGAGAGAGAGAGAGAGAGAGAGAGAGAGAGAGAAUGGACAUGUACAUAUAUAUUAAAACUGCACAGAAGUCUGAGUGUCUAGAGACUCACAUGUACGGUCAUCUUCAUUCCUGUGUGCACAGUGACCUGUGUCGUGUGUGUGCAAGUGUGGCCCAGUGUCUGUCCCUGAGCAUGGGGACAGUUGAGAAGCACAAUGGCCCCCACAGAGACACCCUGGCAUAUGGAGAAAACAGGCUUGUAAGGUGCAGGAGGGCUUCCGCUUCGUCUCCUCGAAGCCGUUACCUCUGGAGGGAUGGGGCUGGAAGACUCCAGACUGGCGCUGGCCAACGAAGCCAAGGCAUCGCCUCAGGGACUGCGGGGUCCCACUCAGACCGCGGCCAGGGAUGUGGUGAGGCAGGCUGUUCGUUGACAACAUCUUGCACACAGUUUGUGUUGUGUAGAAUGUCAAUCGGAACCCUUUCGUAUGUUUAAAGCUUGGACGUCGGGUGCCCCCGACUUAAUUUCAUCAAGUUUUCUGCCAAGUGCUCUUGAUGAUUUCUCUGUUGCUUUUAGGGGAAAGAAAAGACAUUAUGUAAAUGCAAUCCAUGCCUGUGUUAAAGAACACAAUUGCUAGAUGUGCUUGUUGUCCUAGGAUAGAUACAUCAACCUUAAAAAUAAAGUCCUCACCCAAGACUUCAAGGAAGAAUUCUCUAAGGAAUGGAUCUGAUUAAUUUUUAAUGGGGUGCCUUUUUUGGCUUUUUCUAUUUUCUUUGUAGGAUAAGCUGCAUCUUCUGUAAAUAUAGGCCUGGGUUAAGAGCACUUAGCACGUACACAAAACAUCCACAGACCUGGCCCGAUCUAUUUAUCUCUAAGUAUAUUUGAAGUGGUUUGCUGUUAUAUGUUGUCAUUUUAAAUUGUGUGUUGGUAAAGCUACCUGUAAAAUUUCAGUCCAAAAAAUAAAACUCUCAGGGAGAAACAAAUACAAACAAUGAACAUUAGAGAAUAAAAUAUAGAUGCUUACCAUUAACCUACCAACUUCUAAUAUCCUUAAAUUAUAUGAUCUCUAAAGAGGACUGUUACUUUUUUUUGCUUUUGCUUUAUUUAUUUGUAGUUUAUGUUGCGGGGUGGCUAAUGUUUUCUCUUCUCUUUCCAUCUGUCCUGUUGUGGUUGGGUUUCCUGUGGAGAGAGUAGUUUUUCCUGGUGCAUUAGAAUAUUGCUUACUAAAUUGAGUUUUUCAAUCAUCUAAUGAAUAUUUAUUAAGCACCUACUAUGUGCCGGGCAUAGUAGAGUUAUAGUGGUAAACAAGACAGAGUGCCUGCCCCUGAGGAGCUGCCAUUCUCUUUGGGACUUCUGGGACAAGCAGGACACCAGUGUGUGUGCUGUACAGGAUCAUCCUGAUUAGCAGUAAUGUGUGCUAACUCUGAAGCUUGGCGCAGAAGGCGGGGUGUCUGUGCUGGGUGAAGCUGUGACAGAGUGCUCUAAGUUGUCCAGAGCUGUGGUUUUACAUUUUUUCCUCAUAAACUUAGCAACUUUCUACCUGUUACGUGGAAGUCAGUGACGCUGGCACAUAGAGCAGUCUUAAGCACAGAGCAGAGUCAAUGCCCAGCCCCUGCUGAGCUGGGCCGUGCGAGUGGCCAGGCGGUGGGCCGCUGAGGUGCGGAGAGGACAAUACUAGAAAGAUGGUUUUCUCUGUUACUUAACUAAAGUGCCUCUAUGUAUAUUCUUUUCUACUUAUAGCAGGAGAAAUUUGGUGUGGCUCAGUUUUGGAACUGUAAUUUCAAAAUGACAUCAUCUCACAGUAAGGAAUGAAAACAUGGAAGGAGAAUUGUGAAAAGGAACAGAUUAGUGCAGCGUGUCCCUCUGAGUCCCCCGCUUUGGCAUGGCCAUCCUGUGGGUGGGCCUCCUUUGCCGUUUUCAUAUCUCGUUCUCGUCCCUAAAAACUGUGCAGGUAAUUCCGUGUGCCAUUGUUGGGGGAAAAACUACGUCUUAGACUGGUGCUGGUGUAAGUAGUCACUUUUCUCUCUUGGGUGUGUAUUUUAAAGGUUGUUUGUCUGUUAAAUUAAUGCCAAAAAGAAACAUUAUAAAUUUGUAAACCUAAUUAUAUGUCUUGUAUCUUACUAGCUUAGUAGUUCGAACCACUUAGUCUUUAGGUGCAAGAGUGUUGCCAUUGUACCAAGAAAAGCUGUUGUAUGUGUUAUGAGACUGUACAUUUUUUUAAGAUAGCAAUAUGCAAUAAAGAUGACUUCAUUGGGUGUAUAUAUACAUAUGCUUUCUAUGAAUUAUU